GUCGCUUAUCUAUACACCAGCAUAACGCGUGUGAGGUUCUUGACCUGGAAAAAAAAAUAAUUAUUUUGAUAAUUUAAGUAUUUUGUGUACAUUUGUAUAUUAAAGGUGUAAGUGAAGGAAUUUACAUUCGCUGUUAGAGUGAAAUUUUAGAACAUGUGCGAGAUUAUGGAUAAGCCCGUUAAAAAAUUUCGAUUCGCCAUUGAUCGUGGAGGCACCUUCACAGACGUAUUUGCUAAAUGUCCUUGUGGAAGAAUAAGAAUGUUGAAGCUGCUUUCUGAAGAUCCUCAACAUUAUAAGGAUGCUCCUACAGAAGGUAUAAGACGAAUACUGCAAGAGGAAACCGGAGAAGCCUUGGAUAAAGACGGAAAUGUUGAUAGCUCAUUAAUAGAAUGGAUAAGGAUGGGAACUACAGUCGCCACCAAUGCUCUUCUUGAGAGGAAGGGUGAAAAAAUGGCAUUCAUUAUCAAUAAAGGUUACAAAGAUAUACUGUUGAUCGGAAAUCAAGCAAGACCAAAAAUAUUUGAUCUAAAUAUUCGACGACCAGCAAUUCUUUACUCACAAGUUGUAGAAGUCGACUGUCGAGUGAUACCCGUAUUGGAAGGAAAGUGCAAAUUAGGUUCUCCCACGAAUGGUUGGAGAGUUGUAAAAGGAAAGACUGGCGAACCUUUCUACGUAACUAAAGAAAUUGAUAGAGAUGAAGUGAAGUCCAGUUUGAUGAAAUUGAAAGAAAAUGGAAUUGAUAGUAUAUCAGUGUCGUUGUUACAUAGUUACACUUUUUACGAUCACGAAUUAGAAAUUGGUGAAAUAGCCAAUGAAUUAGGGUUCAAACAUGUUUCAUUGUCCCAUCGAGUGAUUCCAAUGGUGAGAAUCGUUCCAAGAGGUUUUACAUCUUGUGCAGAUGGCUACCUCACUCCACACGUUAAAAAAUAUGUCAAAAGUUUUGCCAAAGGCUUUAAAAAUAAAUUAGAAGGCAUUAGAGUAUUGUUUAUGCAAAGCGAUGGUGGUUUAACACCUAUGGAAAAUUUUAAUGGAGCAAGAGCAAUUUUGUCUGGACCAGCUGGUGGUGUCGUUGGAUACGCAGUUACUACAUGGCAAAAGGAAACUAAUUUGCCUGUAAUUGGAUUUGAUAUGGGUGGUACUUCUACCGAUGUAUCUAGAUAUGCAGGGAAUUAUGAACAUGUUUAUGAGAGUACAACAGCAGGGGUUACUAUACAGGCACCACAAUUGGAUAUAAAUACUGUAGCUGCUGGAGGAGGAUCGAUGCUUUUCUUCAGAUCUGGUAUGUUUGUUGUGGGUCCAGAAUCGGCAGGUGCUCAUCCAGGUCCGGUAUGUUAUAAGAAAGGAGGACCGCUGACAGUAACUGAUGCAAAUUUAGCUUUAGGCAGACUAUUGCCAGAGUACUUUCCAAAUAUAUUUGGUUCGACUGAAGAUUUACCUUUAGAUAAAAAACUGACUCUAGACGAAUUUUUGAAACUUACCGAUAAUAUCAACGAUUAUAUGAGGAAAGAGGAAAGAAACAGAAAGCCUAUGCUGAUUGAAGAGGUGGCUAUGGGAUUUAUUAAAGUUGCAAAUGAAGCGAUGUGCAGACCUAUUCGAGCUCUUACACAAGCCAAAGGUUAUGAUACAGCUCGACACGCUUUAGCUUGUUUUGGUGGUGCUGGAGGCCAACAUGCUUGUGCUAUUGCUAGAUCAUUGGGAAUGACAACGGUGGUUGUACAUAAAUAUGCAGGUAUACUCUCCGCCUAUGGUAUGGCAUUGGCUGAUGUCGUAUACGAAGCUCAGGAAUCAAGUGCUUUGGUCUAUUCUCCGGAGAAUUUCUCAUAUUUUGAUAAGCGGUUAUUUGCUUUAGAAGAACAAUGUAGAGCUGAAUUAUUACAAGGUUUUGAUGAAAAUAAUAUCUCUCUUGAACCAUAUUUACAUUUACGAUAUGAGGGCACAGAUUGUGCACUUAUGUGUGGACCGGCUAAAACAGAAAAUACAAGUCCAAAACAUGGAGAUUUCAUGAAAAGUUUUUUAGAUCGUUAUCAGACAGAAUUUGGUUUCGUUAUUCAAGGACGAGUGAUCAUGGUCGAUGACAUUCGUGUAAGAGGUAUUGGAAGGAGUGAUUUAGAAGGGGAGCAAGAAAUUGAAACAUCAACCUUAGACGCUCAGCAUAAAUCUGUUACUAAAGUUUAUUUCGAAGGUGGUUACCAAAAAACUAAAGUUUACCUACUCCGAGAAUUAAAAGCCCAACAACGUUUGCAAGGACCUGCUAUUAUUAUGGAUCAGUUAAGCACGAUAUUAGUCGAACCAGAUUGCACUGCAAUUAUCACUAAACACGGCGACAUUAAAAUAAUAAUCGGAUCAGGAAAAUUGAAAAAAAUCGGUACAGAACUGGAUUCCGUUCAACUGAGUAUUUUUAGUCACCGCUUUAUGAGUAUUGCAGAACAAAUGGGAAGAAUUCUACAACGUACAUCUAUAUCUACCAAUAUAAAAGAGAGAUUAGAUUUUUCUUGCGCGGUUUUUGGAGCCGAUGGAGGGUUGGUGUCCAACGCCCCACAUAUUCCAGUACACUUAGGAGCCAUGCAAGAAGCAGUUCAAUAUCAAAUGAGAGCUAGAGAAAAGUUCAACGAAGGUGACGUUAUUCUUUCCAAUCAUCCAUCUGCUGGUGGCUCGCAUUUACCAGAUUUUACUGUUAUCACACCGGUAUUUUAUAGCAAAAGUGCAGAACCAGUGUUUUUUGUCGCCAGUAGAGGUCACCAUGCCGAUAUUGGAGGUAUAACACCUGGCUCAAUGCCCCCCCAUUCUACUAGUCUUGAUCAAGAAGGAGUAGCUUUCAAAUCGUUUCUGUUGAUUGAGGAAGGAGUUUUCAGAGAAGAAGAAUUCGUCAAAGCAAUUAUUGAAGCCGGAGGAAGAAAUCUUUCGGAUAAUAUUUCAGACGUAAGAGCUCAAGUUGCUGCGAAUAAGAAGGGCAUUGAUUUAGUGUGUGAACUCAUAGAUCAAUACGGUUUAGACGUAGUCCAGGCUUAUAUGAGCCAUAUUCAAAAUAAUGCAGAGGUUGCAGUGAGAGAUAUGUUAAAAGAUGUGGCUAAAGAAGCAAGAUUGCGAAUGGGAACUUCAAAGUUAACAGCGGAAGAUUUUAUGGAUGACGGAUCUAAAAUAAAAUUAACGGUAUCUUUAGAUGAGGAGAAUGGAUCAGCCUACUGUGAUUUUAAAGGCACAGGAUGGGAAGUAUGGGGCAACUGCAAUGCACCCAAAGCAAUAACUUUAUCGGCACUAAUUUAUUGUUUGAGAUGUAUGGUCGGCAAUGACGUGCCACUGAACCAGGGUUGUUUGGCUCCUGUUAAAAUAAAUAUUCCAAAAGGCUCUAUUUUGGAUCCAAGCGACAAUGCUGCAGUUGUAGGGGGAAAUGUUUUAACAUCUCAAAGAAUCGUUGAUGUUGUUCUGAAGGCAUUCCAAGUCUGUGCAGCCUCUCAGGGAUGUAUGAAUAAUAUAACGUUUGGAGAUGAAACUUGGGGUUGCUACGAGACAGUCGCAGGGGGUAGUGGAGCAGGUCCCACUUGGCAUGGCUGUUCAGGUGUUCACACACAUAUGACCAACACCAGAAUUACAGAUAUUGAAAUUCUAGAAAGGCGAUAUCCGUUGCUUGUGCGGAAAUUCAUGUUAAGACCCAAUAGUGGUGGAUACGGAAAGUUCAGAGGAGGCGAUGGUGUAGUGAGAGAACUGAUGUUCAGGUCAGCUCUUACUCUAUCUGUUCUUACCGAAAGAAGAGUAUUGCAGCCAUAUGGUUUGGAAGGCGGAGAACCAGGUAGCCGCGGCAUGAACCUUCUCAUCAGAGCUGAUGGAAGAAUUAUUAAUUUGGGUCCAAAAACGGCAGUUUUAGUACAACCAGGGGAUAUAUUUCAACUACACACACCUGCAGGUGGAGGUUACGGUAGAAAUGAACCGUCAGAGAUUCAAGAGGACACCGUUUCCCAAGAGACAUCCCCAUAUAAAGUGACGUUUGUAGAACGUGGCAGCCUUUUCCAUUACAGACAAACGCAAGAGAGCGUAUAAAUUCAGUUUCCACGUGUGAGGCUGGUUAAUUUUCCAAGAUCUCGCUAACAAUUUUGAAACGUAUCUUGUUACAGUCGUACAAGUAAAAUUUAUAUUAGUUCUCA